CCUGUUUGUGCCAUUUAAUUGCUGCUGUUAUACGGAACAAACUGCUGCUGUCUUAGCACUUUAUACGGUGGUUUCAUGUCUCAGUGUUACACAAUAUCACUGACCAUGAACAAGAUGAAGAAGAAGCUGCCUGAGCGGAUCCUAAAUCACAUCCUGGAGAUUCUCUACCUGCUGACGGGAGAGCGUAUGACUAACUCACUGACAGCGAGUGACAUGACCGGGGACAAGAUGACAACAGAGAGGAUACUGACCCACACCCUGCAGAUCAUGUACCUGCUGACAGGGGAGGUGCCUAUAAAGUGUGAUGAUGUUGCUGUAUAUUUCUCUAUGGAGGAGUGGGAGUAUAUAGAGGGACACAAGGAGCUUUACAAGGACGUCAUGAUGGAGACUCACCAAGGACUAAGUACUAUGGAAAUCCCAGGAAAUGAGAGCUCAGAACUAACAGGUCACAGUGAUGAAAAUCUAGACACAGGAACACAAAGAGAACUUGUACAGAAUAUUCAGCCAUCAGAUGUCUCUGCAAGUGAAAAUGAUGCUAAGAUUUCAUGUAACACGGAACAAACAGAAGAUCAGUGGCAAAGAAAUAUAACAGAAGCUGCAGAGCAGGAAAUAUGUGACAAUAUAAGUACAGGUGAAAAUGAUGCUAAGAUUUCAUGUAACACGGAACAAACAGAAGAUCAGUGGCAAAGAAAUAUAACAGAAGCUGCAGAGCAGGAAAUAUGUGACAAUAUAAGUACAGGUAGGUGUAUGUGUGUGACGUGUCUGAGAGAUGCAGGGCAUAGGUGAGUGUAUAUGUGUGACACAUGAGAGGGAUGCAGGGCACAGGUAAGUUUAAGUGUGUGACAUGUCUGUGGGAAGGAGGGGAUAGGUGAGUGUACAUGUUUGACAUAUCUAAGGAAAGCAGGGCACAUGUGAGUGUAUGUGUGUGACAUGUCUGAGGAAAGCAGGGCACAGGUGAGUGU